AUGCCGCCGAAGGGCCACGGCCGCCGCGGUGCCGCCGCAAAACGGGAGUCUGGCGCCACCGCCGCGUUUGGCCUGGCGACUGAGGAGGAGGGGGCGGGGCUGCCGGCGCAGUUGCAGCAGCUGCAGCAGCGCCGCGAGGCUCUCGAGAGCCGCCUGGAGACGCUGGACCUGCGGGUGUACGACCUGGAGACGGAGUACCUGCGGCAGUACGUGGAGCUGGGCGGCUGCCUCUUUGACGGCUUUGGCCUGGAGCGGCAGCAGCAGUGGGGCAGCGUCACCGCCGCUGCGGCGGCGGGCAGCAAGGCGGCAGCCUACCGUGCGCGGCUGCACGCGUUUUCACCGAGCGAUCGCGUUUUUACGGCCUCGUCGGUGGGGGCGCUUGCCGCGGUGGAGCGCCUCAAGACACUUGAGGCGUCGGGGGAGCGGAGGCGCGGCGGACGCCGCAAACGCCCACGUGCAGAGGACUGA